AUGGAUUAUUCAUACUACUCCGGUCCUCAACCCCAGCCUUUCCCCCUCUACGGCCUCCCCGCCGGGCUGCCUACGCCCGAGCAGCAUCAAUCUGCGCCCCGUCCGGAGAAUCUUCAGGACACCUUCACCUCUCUGCAGCAAAACUACCAAUCCUUCGACCCCUCGUUUCGCUUCCAAAACCCCACCGGCCAGUCCUUUGUCCCGCCGCCACAUUCCCCGCCCGAGUCCUUUUCCAAGCAUUCGGUCUCCAGCAAUGAACUCCUCAAUCAUACAGAACCAACCUCCGUCGAUGGUGAUGAUCAUCCCGGAGACCCGACCCUAGGGAGGAGCAGUAGCGAAGAAAAAGAGGGCACAACGCCGGCGCAAACGAAGCGGAAGGCGCAAAACCGCGCUGCCCAGCGCGCAUUCCGGGAGCGAAAGGAACGACAUGUGCGAGACCUGGAGGACAAAGUUAACAGUUUGGAAGAGGAGUCCAACUCCCUACUGGCCGACAACGAGCGUCUGAGACGGGAACUGGCCAAAUUCACGACCGAAAAUGAGAUCCUCCGAGCGACAUCCAGCUCGCUGGGUCGAUCAAACAAUCCGCCAGACUCUGGGCCCACGACGACGGGACCCCUGAGGUACUCGCCUACCGAUUUUUACUCCAACCUUGUCCCCAACGGCGAACCUAUCCGUCGCCACCGGGUUCUGGUCUGUGCCGAAACAGGUGAGAAGCUGCUCGAUGUCAGCACGACCUGGGAAUUCAUUCAAAAUCACGAGCUGUUCAAGCAUGGCCUUGUCGAUAUCGCGCAGGUCGCCGAGAAACUCAAGGGUCGAGCCCAAUGCGACGGACAGGGACCUGCAUUCCGAGAGAGCCAUGUGCGCACGGCGAUCGAAGAGAGCGCUGCGGACGACAACGACGGACUGCUAUGA